ACCCUGUCCCGCUCCGCAGGGUCAGAACGCACUUAAAAAACUGAAAUCCUUCUCUCUCCCAAGCGAUAUUGCCAGAACCCUAGACGAACUCUUUCUCCUUUUUCUUAUCGAUCAGCUGCUCUCUCUCUCUCUCUCUCUCUGUACCCUUUCAGCUGCACAGCAAUGGCGACGCCUUCUUUGGACGAAGGAACAGCGAAGGAAGUCCUUAGACAGGUGGAGUUUUACUUCAGCGACAGCAACCUUCCUAGGGACAAUUUUUUGAGAAACACUAUCAACUCCAGUGAAGAUGGCAUGGUUAGUCUUGCUUUGAUAUGCUCCUUCAAAAAGAUGAAAGGUUAUUUGAAAUUGAAGGACGUGAAGCCUGAAGAGGUGCCUGAAGAUACCGUCAAGGCAGUUGCUGAAACUCUGAAGAAAUCUAGUUCUGUUAAAGUUUCUGAAGAUGGGAAGAAAGUUGGUAGGAUUGCUGCACUCUUGAAGCCAGAAGAGGCAAUAGAGCAGUUAGACAUAAGAACAAUUGCUGCAUCACCUUUACCAUAUGAUGUGAAGCGGGAAGAUGUGGAAUCAUUUUUUGGAAAAUAUGCCAAGGUGUCUAGUGUGAGGAUGCCUCGUCAUGUGGCUGACAAAAGGAUAUUUAGCGGCACUGCUUUGAUAGAGUUCUCAACAGAGGAAGAUACUGAAAAUAUUUUGAAGCAAAGUUUGGUUUUUGAAGGUGCACAGCUAGAAUUCAGGCCCAAGAAGGACUUUGAUGCAGAAAGAGCAGAAGAGGAAGAGGAAUUAAAAAAUUCCCGUCACUUUACAAGUUCAAAUAAUAAUAAGAACAAUUCAAAUGCAGAAGCAAGCUAUCCCAAGGAUUUGAUUGUUGCAUUUACUCUAAAAGCCUUGUCAGCUGGAGAUUCUGUAGAACACAAGGGUUCUCAAGAGCCUGUAAGUGUUGAUUCAAAGGUCUGCAAAGCAGAUGGAGGAGAAAAUUCCUCAAAGAAUGAUGCUCAAGAAAAUGAACAGGAGUCAGACAGUAUCUCUGCCGAUAAAGAAAAUAAUGAGAUGAAUAUAGAGGAGGGAAAGGAAGAAAAGGCUGAUGAGCAAACUGGCUCCGAAAGUAAAGAAAUAAAAAUGGUAGAAGGGGAGAAGUCAGGUGAAGGUCCCACUGGAAAGGAUAAGGAAAAAGGGGAAAAACCCAAAGCUGAUGCCUACAGGGAUGACAUGAAUGUUGUAAUGCGUGAGGAUCUGAAGGCCGUCUUGGGAAAGUUUGGCACUGUCAAGUUUGUUGAUUUCAAGAUAGGAGAGGAUUCGGGAUAUGUUAGAUUUGAACAACCUGAAGCAGCUCAGAAAGCUCGUGCAGCUGCUGUCUUAGCUAAAGAAGGUGGUCUAAUUGUAAAGAAUUUCGUUGCUAUUUUAGAACCAGUGACUGGUGAAGCAGAGAGGGAAUACUGGAACCUACUCCGGGGCAAUCAAGAGAAGCAUUGGGAAAAUAAGGGCAACCGAGGGAGGAGAGGGAAACACCAUAGGGGCGGUGGUAAACACGGUUCUAGGGAUAAUUAUUCGACUGGUCGACCAACUAAAGUUCAGAAAGUUGGAGCAUCAUGAGAGAGAAAUUUUGGAACAAGUGAGUUUUGAGAUCAAUUUUGCACGAGACCCCUAGAAUUUACAAUGUGAGAACAAGUGCAUUUCUGCUUGAUCUCCCUGAUUUCUGUUAUCUACUAGUUAAGUUCAAGUAUCUGACAGAUACAAUGAUGUGCUUUUUUAUUUUUUUAUUUAUAACUGAACAUAACAUAAUUUAAGUGCCUCCUUUUACAUUCCCUUA